AAAAUAUUAAACAUUGAUAUAAAUGAAUACAAAGUGAACAAUUGAUUGAACAUUUUGUGGUUAUUAUAUGAAUUGAGUUGACACUUUCAAACAAUGAUCAGGGCGAUUCUUGUGUUCAAUCAUAAAGGGAAACCGCGACUAACCAAAUUCUAUGAACAUUAUGCUGAAGACGAACAGCAGUUGAUUAUUAGAGAAACUUUUCAAUUGGUUUCCAGUCGUGACGAUAGGAUCUGUAAUUUCCUUCACGCGGGGAUACUGGUCGGUGGAUCCGAUUUUAAGCUUAUUUAUAGACAUUACGCGACUCUUUAUUUUGUGAUCUGUGCGGACACGGCUGAGAGUGAACUCGGAAUCCUUGAUUUAAUUCAAAUUUUUGUUGAGGCGCUGGACAAAUGUUUUGACACCGUUUGCGAGUUAGAUCUCAUUUUCAACACUGACAAGGUGCAUAGCAUACUGAAUGAGAUAGUGAUGGGAGGUUUGGUUCUCGAGACUAAUCUACAGGAGAUUCUGCAUCGGAUUGACGAACAGACAAAACUUGAGAAACAAAUGAGCAACAAAAUUGCAGAUUUACCUGAAGUUCACUGCCUAUCAUUUAAACCAUUUAUAUUAUAUAAAUAAAAUAUUAUCAAGAAUUGAGGCAUUUAUUGGUUUUGUCUUACAGGAGGGCCUUAAAGGGGCGCCCAUUCGAGCGGCAAAUAUAGUGAAAACAAAAGUCAAUCUUUCGGGACAUUUAAUGGAUAUUAAAAAGCGAGUGAAAGACAAUUUAUAAAUCACACAUUGAUCUGUUAUUUAUUUCAGUUUUCAAAUCAACUCAAUAAAUAAUUUACAAUUUAAUAAUUGAAUCCAAAAUAUAACAAAAUAAAAUAUAAUUAUUGUAUUUUUCAUUAAAUUGAGACAUUCGUUAAAAGCCUAAA